AUGAGGCUACUUUUUCUUUGUUUUCUAUUCCUUUUCAUCAUCAAUGCUUUGGGAAGGCCGUAUGGGGAGAUUGGAAUGCUUUCAAAGUCUGACUCUCCAGAGCGGCAGCCGCGUACGAAAGUGGAGUACGAUGAUUUACUGCUAUUUGGUUUCAUCAAUUUGGGCUCAGCGCGUCAAAUCUUUCUGGUCUUCAUCGCA